CCGAGAGCAAACGCUUCCUGUUUUGUUAACUGCAAUACACACGAGUGGACGACGAAAAGCCAAACAUUUAAGCUUAUUUAUCGGGAACAAAGAUUUCCCCAGAACAAGAGUAAAGUUAGACUAAUUCGGAAGUUCCUGAUUUAACUUUAUGUUUAACUACAGUCGAGUCUAUCCUAACGUUGGUUUAAAAGUCAGGUAACUUUUAAACGUUAGAUAAAAUGCCGUCCCGUGUUGAGGAUUACGAGGUGUUGUUCACUAUAGGCACAGGUUCAUAUGGAAAAUGCCAGAAAAUCAGAAGGAAGUCUGAUGGGAAAAUCCUUGUGUGGAAGGAGCUGGACUAUGGCACCAUGGCGGAGGGUGAAAAGCAGAUGCUGGUGUCAGAGGUGAACCUCCUCAGGGAGCUCAAGCACCCAAACAUAGUGAGGUACUACGACCGCAUCAUAGACCGGACUAACGCCACGCUGUAUAUUGUCAUGGAGUACUGCGAGAGUGGGGACCUCUCCAGCCUCAUCACCCGGUGCACCAAGGAAAGGCGUUAUUUGGAGGAGAAGUUCGUCCUGCGAGUCAUGGCGCAGCUCACGUUAGCCCUGAAGGAGUGCCACAGACGCAGCGAUGGCAGGGCAACGGUUCUUCAUCGAGACCUGAAACCAGCCAACAUCUUCCUCGACAUCAGACAGGAUGUGAAGCUCGGAGACUUUGGCCUCGCGAGGAUCCUGAACCACGACACCAGUUUUGCAAAGACAUUUGUCGGGACACCUUACUACAUGUCUCCAGAACAAAUUGACCGGAUGUCAUACAACGAGAAAUCAGAUAUUUGGUCCCUGGGAUGUUUGCUGUAUGAACUCUGUGCAUUGUCCCCUCCGUUUACUGCUUUCAACCAAAAAGAUCUGGCAGAGAAGAUCAGAGAGGGGAAGUUCAGAAGAAUCCCGUACCGAUACUCUAAGGAACUCAACGACUUGUUAUGCGAAAUGCUCAACCUGAAGGACUAUCUGAGGCCCUCUGUGGAGUCUAUUCUCCAGAGCAGCUUGUUGGCUGAUGCUGUUGCUGAGGAGCAGAGGAGGGCACAGGUGCGACUCCGAAGGAGGUCGGCAGACUCCGACUGUCCCUCUAACAAGCCGGCUGAACCGACACCUGCCUCUGCCGCAGAGCUCAGACUCAGGGAACAGGCGCUUCGGGACCGAGAAAAGGCGCUGAAGGAACGUGAGGAGAGGCUGGAGCAAAGAGAGCAGGAGCUUUGUGUUCGUGAGCGACUGUCAAAUGAGAAGCUUACAAGAGCUGAGAGUUUACUGAAGGAUUACAACCGUCUCCAGCAGCUGAGGGGCCGGGCACCAUUCUAUGGCAAAGACAUAGAUGAGGAGAAUCUCUCCCCCGGGAAGAAGAAGGUCCACUUUGCUGGUGAGAGCAAAGAGAACAAGCGGCCUGGUUGUCGUCGAGCCCCGACGUCCCAGGAGCUGAUUUUAAGGAGGCUGCAGGCGGCCAAUGUGCGCGCUCAAACACUGAAUGAAGUGGAGAAGACCUGUCAGUUCAAGAGCAGGCAGAUACUCGGCAUCCGCUGAGCAGACAGACGUCACUGUCUCACUUGUGACUGAUAUGUGAAAGCUUUUGAAGGCGUCAUAACUGAAUGUAAAUUAAGCUUUAUUUAUAUGAUUAUUCGGUAGCUGUGAUGGUAGUGAAGCCAAAUGAUUUGAUCCUUUUGUAUUGUCAUGUGUAUGUUAUUGCAAGCUUUGAAGUGUCAAGAAAUGAUUUUGUUUGUUGGGAUAUGUUCAUUUUAUAGACAACUAUUGUGAUUGUGAAUGUACUGUGUAUUCUUGUUAAAUAUAUGUAAGUUCUUUCACAAAGAGCUUAGAAAUAGACCUAAAAGGGCUGAUUGUUUGAUUACUUUAACAAAAUGUUAAAACGUGUGUUCAGACAAGAGAUAAUAGUAUGAAUGAACAACCUCUGAUCCUGUGAUGCUAAUAAAUAUUUGAACUAUGCCGAAAGAA